GUCAACGGCUUUGCCCACUGCGAGUGCCCGUCCCCGCUGUGCUCAGAGGCCAACAUGACCAAGGUGUGUGGCUCUGACGGUGUCACCUACGGGGACCAGUGCCAGCUGAGGACCAUCGCCUGCAGGCAGGGCCAGGUCAUCACGGUGAAGCACAUGGGGCAGUGCCACGAGUCCAUCACCCAUACGAGCCACCCCUCGCCUCCCACGCCGCUGCCCACGCUGCCCUUGGACCGGCUCGUCCUUCCCCCGCCCCUGCCCCUCACCACCCAGGCUCCGCAGCCCACCGAGGUGGCCACCAGCUCCCCGCCGCUGGAAGCCAAGCCCACGGAACGGGGUCGCCCCACGACGAGGCGCGUCACGACGGCCAGGCCGGCCACCACGCCCUGGGCCACCCACGGCGGGCACAAGACCACGGUGCGGCCUCUCUCCACCGCCCCGGUGGUCCUGGCCACCCCCCAGCCUGCCUACGGGGAGUCGGGCAGUGCUGAGGGCAGCGGGGACCAGGAGAUGGGCGCCAGCGGGGACCAGGAGUCCAGCGGGGCGGGUUCUGCCG